GCGCUUUAGCGCGGUCUCGCUCCUCUCUUCAGAUCAGCAGAAUCUGUUCAUCUCGAGACGGACAAGAUGGCGAAUUGAGUGGGUUGCGCUUUGAAAAGAAAGCAGCGACUCACGCAAUUUCUUCAACGUUAAAACGCCGGUUGCCUUGAUGAACGUUCGAAUAAGCUGGGAAGCGCGUUUUUAAGAAGAAAAGUCGCCUCUCAAAGCGAAGAGAGCGUCGAGGGCACCGACUCCUCCGUGUCCUGUCGGGCUAAGCUGCUAGUCAGCUAUUUGGGGAAUUGCUGAAGAGAGAAAAAAACAGCCACAACCUCAGGGGAAAUAGUCUUGUUUUUUUUUUUUACCUUAAAUGUCGAGACUGCUAAUCUAUGAUUGAAACCAGUGUCCGUUAUCACCUCAAUUUCGUCGUUGUGAGUUGUUAAGGACACCGCUAGUGAGGAUAACCCGAUUUUAGGCUAGCUAGCAUUGUUUCUGUUGGACUGAAGAAGAGAAAGGGCAGCCUGAAAACCUCACCCGUUCACACAGUUUCAGAGUACUUCUCGUAUUUUAGGACAUGGCCAGCAGCAGUGGCUCUAAAGCCGAGUUCAUAGUCGGUGGGAAAUACAAGCUCGUUCGGAAAAUCGGAUCUGGAUCCUUUGGUGACAUUUAUUUGGCAAUCAACAUCACAAAUGGAGAGGAGGUAGCUGUGAAAUUGGAAUCACAGAAAGCCAGACAUCCUCAACUUCUGUAUGAAAGCAAGUUGUAUAAAAUUCUCCAGGGAGGAGUCGGAAUCCCACACAUAAGGUGGUAUGGCCAAGAAAAGGACUAUAAUGUCCUAGUGAUGGACCUGCUGGGGCCAAGUCUGGAGGAUCUCUUUAACUUCUGUUCCCGCAGAUUCACAAUGAAAACUGUCCUAAUGCUUGCAGAUCAGAUGAUCAGCAGAAUCGAGUAUGUGCACACAAAAAAUUUCAUCCACAGAGAUAUCAAGCCAGACAACUUUUUAAUGGGUAUUGGCCGUCACUGUAAUAAGUGUUUAGAAUCUCCAGUGGGGAAGAGGAAAAGAAGCUUGGCUGUUAGUUCUUCUCAGGACCCAUCUUUCUCAGGAUUAAACCAGUUGUUCCUCAUCGACUUUGGUCUGGCCAAGAAAUACAGAGACAACAGGACACGACAGCACAUACCCUACAGAGAAGACAAAAAUCUCACGGGCACAGCUCGCUAUGCCAGCAUCAACGCACACUUGGGUAUCGAGCAGAGUCGCCGAGAUGACAUGGAGUCGCUAGGAUAUGUGCUGAUGUACUUCAACAGAACCAGUCUGCCAUGGCAGGGACUGAAGGCUGCCACAAAGAAACAGAAGUAUGAGAAGAUUAGUGAGAAAAAGAUGUCAACCCCUGUCGAGGUGUUGUGUAAGGGUUUCCCAGCAGAGUUUGCCAUGUACCUGAACUACUGCCGUGGGUUGCGUUUUGAAGAGGCACCUGACUACAUGUAUCUGCGUCAGCUUUUCCGCAUUCUUUUCAGGACUCUGAACCACCAGUAUGACUACACAUUUGACUGGACCAUGCUGAAGCAGAAAGCAGCACAGCAAGCGGCCUCCUCAGGGGGACAGGGGCAACCGGCACAAACCCCCACAGGCAAGCAAACUGACAAACCCAAGAGUAACAUGAAAGGUUUCUAAGCAUUAAGACAAUGUAUUGAAGCAGAGCAGAGUGGUCGUAGCAGGAUUUGCCUUCCAAUCACACCCCGGCAUCUAGGAUCAAAUUCACCAGAACCUGCCAGGCACUGUGGGCAACCUUUUUCCUGUUAAAGAACUUUUGUUCCAUAUACUAUAUAUGUAAUUGGUAUAUAUAGAUAAGAUGCUCUGCAUAUAUCUAUAUAUUGGUAUGUAUAUACUAUAUCCACACAGAGAGCAGGCAUGGUUUGGAGUUGGAAGCUGUAGCCUUUUCUGUUGUCCUGUCCCUAAAGACUUUUCGCCCCUCCUCCUUUGAAAUGGAAAACCGUAGAAAAUGGGGAUAUAAUUGCGCACAUGCCAAUAUUUUCCAGAGUUUCUCCUUCAGGAAAGCUGUUUGGGGUCCUUCAUGAAUUCUCGGUUGCCCUUCAGAGCAGUUUUGGUUCCCCUUUCCCUUCUCAUCGUCCUCUCAUCACCAAGCGUGGCACGAACCCAGACACUCUUCUGUCAGAAUGGAGACAUCCGAGACAGAUUUUUGUCCUUCAAUAUUUUGUUUUUUCCUUUCCUCAUGCAAAAUGAAGCAACUGAGAUUAAAUGUUUUUUGUUUUGUUUCAAAUGUAUCCAAAUAAUUAAAAAGGCAAACAUUGGGCUUUGUUUUUCUUUUCUAAAAAGGUAAUUACGAUUCUGCCUGCUGGAAUGUGCUAGAGAGCUUCUAAUGUGAAGAUUAAAAAAAACAAAAACAUUCUAGUGACUACUAGGUUUCUCUUUAGUACGCUGCAUUAACUAUAUUGUACUUGGUAUUCUGAAGUCUAAAAAAUAAAGAAACUCCACAGAAGCAUAUUCAUUACAAAUUAGGCAUAACUCUGAACUAAACCUGUAUGUUAAUUGCUUAGAUGAAAAUUGUAUGCAUCUGAUCUGGGUUUUUUUCUCUUGGAAAAAUGUUCAUGUUGAUUGAGCAAGUAACCAUUUGUACGAUUAAUUGCUAUGAUAGGCUUAAUGUUCUGUUUUUGAGAGAAAAAUGUGCUCACUCCACCAUUCUCAUUACCAUUUUUUUAAUGCGUAUAUAUCUUUUUUUUCAUUUUUAUAGUCUUUCCCUUUAUUGAAUCAAUCGGUUUGGGGAAAGUGUUUUUUUUUUUUGCGCGCUGCUUCCUGUGGUGAAGCAGAUCCUUGUGUAAAAUAUCUCUGGGACUUUCUCUCUGCAACAAUUUUUCGCUGCUGUUUGGUAGCGGUCUUUUUGCUCAUUUUCUUUUCUUUUUUUUAUUGGAAAGAAAAUGUUGGAGGGUUUCUUUUCUACAUAGUUUUGGGUCUUGUGAGGCAAGAGAAAUCUGAUUUUCCUUGUUUUCCUCUGCCUUUAGCCAGGACAAAUGCACACCGGUAACUUGGCUUUCUUUUUCUUUUUGUUGUUUUCCUUGCCUCCAAACUGUCCCUCAGAACCGGCUUUAAGUACUUUACAGCUGGACAUUCUAUAAAAGUGUAAUUUAUUCCCUUUUAGCAUGUCAGAAUAAAUUAAAAAUGUCUUCUCAGAAAUGCCGUCCCAGUCUCUGUAAUUUUACAAGAAUGCAAACAACUUGGAUUACUGAUAAGAUUUCCCCCCUCCCUUUCCAUUUGUUCAAGUAUCUGUCUCGUCUGCACAUUUAUUGUUGAAGUACAACAGGCCAGGCAUCAAACUUUUGUUUUUGAAACUGAAAAAUCUAAAGAAAUGCUUUAAAAAUGAGAAGGCAAGAUUAUUGGUUUUCAUAAAAAUGUAACGCUUUGAAUGUUUUUGUCUCAAGUGUUUAAAGGGACAUCUUUAUGGAAAUGAUCUCAAGAUAUUGCUGUCAUCCAGGAAAGCAGUUCUUGUGCGGGCUGGUGGGUAGUUCUAGGUGCUUGUGGUGUUUUAAGUUUCCAGGGUUUAUAUCUGUAAAUAUUAAAAUGGCUUCAAAUGGCA